CUCGGAGCCAAUGAGAGCGCGCGGCGCUGCUGAGCCCGCGCUGCUCCGGCCUGGCGCUCCCAGCGCAGCCCCAGCGGCUGCUUUGGGGCUGGCGGCACCUGCCCGGCGCUGGCCAUGGGGCGAGGGGCGGCAGCUGGGGCCGGACUGGGGGCACUGGUGGGGCUGGGAGCCCCCCCUGGGGCGGGCGCGGAGCUCUCGGGGGUGUUCCAGUUCAUGGGAAAGAUCGAGUGCCACUUCAUUAACGGCACGGAGAAGUUGAGAUUGGUGAUUGGGUUCAUUUACAACUGGGAGGAGUUGCUGUGCUUUGACAGCGACGUGGGGCUGUUGGUGGGGUUCACCCCCUUGGGCAGAUAGAGGCCCUGCACCUGAACAGCAAACCGGAAAUACCGGAGCAUUAUCGGGCUCAGGCGGGCAGAGUUUCCCCACACAACUACAAG